CAAACCAACCAAGAUGUCAAGCAAUGAUCCAAGAUUAAGAGCAAGAUUAGCUGCUUCAACUUCAAACCAACCUCAACCUCAACCAACUCCACCAGAUCAUCAGUCUUCAUUACCUCCAACUCACCAAGAACAAAGUACCACCACAACCUCACCAAGUUCAACUACUCCUUCCAACCUAACCCCUCAGAAUGGUAGCAGUAGUACCAAUCCAGAUGAAGAAAGAGAAUUAAAACUUGCAUCACGUAACUGGUCAUUUUGUGUAGUAUGCGCAAGUAACCAAAAUAGAUCAAUGGAAGGUCAUAACGUCUUGGCGAGAGAAGCCUUUAGAGUCACUUCAGCAGGUACAGGUUCGAUGGUCAGAUUACCUGGUCCUGCAAUCGAUAAACCGAAUGUAUAUCCAUUCGGUACUCCUUAUGAUGAUAUGUAUCAAGAUUUAAAAAAUAAAGAUGAAAGAUUAUAUACAGCCAAUGGAAUCUUAUCAAUGUUAGACCGAAACCGACGAAUCAAAAGAUCACCCGAAAGAUGGCAAGAAGGCAUCUCAGGUUUAGCCGAUAUCAUCAUCACAUGUGAAGAAAGAUGUUUUGAUUCGGUUUGUGAUGAUUUGUUUUAUCGAGGUGGUGAGCUGAACAAACCGGUUCAUUUGAUUAAUCUUGAAAUUAAAGAUAAUCAUGAAGAAGCUUUUUUGGCUGGUCAAGCACUGGUGGAUUUGUGUGGUUCGAUUGAAGAAUGUACCGAUUUGGAUGGUCAACUUCAUUUGGUCCUAGAACGUCAGAUGGAAAAACAUCCUCAUCAACUUAUUCAUACUGUUGCAUAUUAUUAACCAAAACUUAUCAAUUUUUUGAAUCUGCAAUAUCACUAGAAGUGAAGAAGUAUUCAGAUUCAAAAGAUAAUGGUGGAUCAGAAACCUUUCAUUGAGUCAACCAAUCUGUAUGAAAUUCACAAUUCAUUUAACAAACUUGUUCAAAUACCAUUACCAAGUGAUAAACACAAUCAAACCAACCAUAUCAACCUACUUACAAAUCAGUAACCCCUUAUUCCUACAAAAGAUCUCAUAUCCUGACCUACUUCCCCUUUUCUCAAUCCUCAUCAAUUUAUCAUUAUUUUUAUCAUAAAAAAACAACUCAUAUUUCAACAUCUGUUAUUCACAAACCAGAAAUUGUAAAAAAAAGAAAAAGGCAUGAAAUGCUACAUGUAUAUACAAGCUCUGAGUUAACUUCAAAGUAAGAGAAAAUCGUAUUAUGCAAUCUUCCUCU